ACCGCAUUCAAGAAAUCCUGCGUCUACUAGUCCCCAUCCCGCUACAUCUAUCCCCGAAGCUUGGAUCACUGGAUUCACGCUCAUGCGGCUCCGAGGAGCAACGCGAUAAUCAUGUCGGGCGUCGACACGGCAGACUCUACGACCAACGCCCUCACGAGCGAUGCGCGACCCGCCUUUGUGACGCCGAGGGACCUGCUCCAACAGUCCCGAGCGCCUUUGCCCCCGAAAGAGCAGCCGCGCCAACUUUCAGCUGUUGAUCGCGAGCAACUGGAAGGCCUGAGAACCAUCAGAGCUUUCCUCAAGGCCAGAACGAGCUACGAUGUUCUUCCUAUAAGCUAUCGCCUGAUCGUCUUUGACACGGCAUUGCUGGUGAAGAAGAGUCUGAACAUACUGAACCAGAAUGGAAUCGUCUCAGCGCCGCUAUGGGACUCCAAGUCAUCUACCUUUGCCGGACUCCUCACGACAUCAGACUAUAUAAACGUGAUACAGUACUACUGGCAGAACCCGGACGCUUUGGCGCGGGUCGACCAGUUCCGCCUGAACAGUCUGCGAGACAUCGAGAGAUCACUGGGCGUCAAACCCAUAGAAACUAUAUCCAUCCACCCCGACCGACCCGUAUACGAAGCAUGCCGCAAGAUGCUCGAGUCGCGCGCCCGGCGUAUACCCAUAGUCGACAGCGAUGACGAGACACGUAGAACCAUGGUCGUUAGCGUCAUCACUCAAUACCGCAUAUUGAAGUUCAUCGCCGUGAACGUCAAGGAAACACAGAAGCUGCGGAAGCCGCUGAAGGAGCUUAAUGUCGGUACAUACGAGGAUCUCGCGACUGCAUCAAUGGAUACACCGGUCAUGGACGUCAUCCACAUGCUUGUUAAGAAGAGCAUAUCGAGUGUGCCUAUCUUGGACAGAGCUGGUACCGUGCUGAACGUUUUCGAAGCCGUCGACGUCAUUGCACUUAUCAAGGGCGGUGUAUACGACGACCUGAACCUCACUGUCGGCGACGCGCUACUAAAACGCUCAGACGACUUUCCUGGUAUCUUCACCUGUUCGCUCAACGACAACAUGUCCACUCUAUACGACACAAUCCGCAGGUCGCGCGUCCACCGCUUCGUCGUCAUCGAUGAAAACAGCAAGCUCAAGGGCAUGGUGACGCUGAGCGAUGUUCUCGAACACACGCUACUGGAAGGCAUGGAGGACGAGUAGAAUGACGCUAUCCUGGACCACUUGUCAGCGAGCCAUGUUAAGAGUCUUAGACUGCAUGAGCAGAGAAUGAGGAGGUGCGAUGAUUGAGAUGAUGAUUAUUGCAGCGCGAGGACUGAGGGGAGGUUUUGGGAAUGAAUCAAGAUAUCAUAUAAGGAGUCCUAGGAGAAAUCAGUGCGCGACUAUGGGUCGUGAAGGAGGUCUAGCAAGUUCAUAUUAACAUGAUUAUUAUAAGUUCAUCUUGAGUGUCUAAAGUAUCGUCGCGUCCUGCGCCCAUUUUCUAACCAUAUCUUGGAUAGCUCCAGGCUU